CUGAGGGUGAUCAAUAAGCCUGAUUGACAUAAAUUAACAACAGGUCACCCACAACGAAAUCAGUCACCGCCUCAGCUCCAUUAAGGACUUAUAACUGCGACACAUUAACCAGCCCUAAGCACUGAUUUGUUGGCAGCAGAAUCCAGUUGUUCUCGUCAGGCCAGUUGCAGAGGGCAGGGGUGCAGGUGAAAGGCAGAGAGGGAGGGACCCAUCUAGGUGAAGGGAAAGAGGAGGAGAAAGCUAACAGAAACCAAAGAUGACAGUGUGAAACGAAAUGGAUUCAACCAAGCCCAGCCUUUCCUCAAAAGCACUGCAUUUAACCAGUGGUGGUGGAAAUGAAUCAUCGAUGGAGGAAGGAUCAGUGCUGUGGCGAGACAGUGUGGAAGGGGAGAGGCAGACGGACGGUGACAGCAGAGAGACGGAUGUUGCUGAUGGGACGACAGCAGCCGCAGAGAUAAACCAUCACCACAAGGGGUCAGCAGACAAACACAAGUUCAAUACACUGGGCUAUCAGAGGCGGACCAAGCAGAAAGUUGUGACCGACUUUUCAACACUGAGUAAAGGAACAUCUGCAGCAGCCAAACCCAGAGCGGCCCUGAGACAGGUCCUGUUCAGCCAGGGAGUGUCUGACAAGAACCCCGCUUCUGAGGAGCGAGGUCAGCUGGAUGUGUUAAAGCACGCUCUGCAGACCUUUCGUGUGCCAGUCAGUCUGAAGUGGAAAUGGAAGGAGGAAAGUGAGGGAACAACACUCGAGAAGAACUGGACGGAUAUAGUGCAAUCUCAUUCAACCAUGUCUAAGAUGCAGAAACACCAGCAGGAGGCGCUGUGGGAGUUUGUCCACACUGAACUCACCUACAUCAACAAGCUAAUUAUCAUCAAAGAUUUGGUUAUUGCAGCUCUCGUCAUCCUACACCAGCAUGGAUUUCUCCUGGAGGUGACUCCUGAGCUGCUUUUCUCCAACCUCCCCUCCAUCCUCAGUGCACACCAGCUGUUCUGGCAGGAGGUGACUUAUCCCAUGUUACAGGAAGUCCGGAGGACAGGAAAGCCCUUUGACCCCAUCAGGUUAGAGGCUGGUUGCCUGCAGUUCCACGAGCGUUUCCCCUCGUAUAAGCAUUACUGCUGGGAGGAGGAAAACAAUCUUGAGUUCACACGCUGGCAGAUGGAGAGCAACCCACAUUUCUCAACUUAUGUUCAGUGGGUGGAGACUCACCCUCAGUGUGAGCGGAUGCGGCUUGGGGACAUGCAGGCCAAACCCCAUCAGAGGAUCACAAAGUACCCCCUGCUGCUUAAGGCUGUGCUCAAAACCACCCAGGACCCUCAUGUACAACACAUACUCAGAGGCAUGUUGUCAAGUGUAAACAGUUUCUUGGAGAGUAUCAAUGACUACCUGAAGCUGAAGGAUGAGGAGCUCGCUCUCUCCAUCUCUGCUCAGAGGGUGGAGGGAUACGAGGUGGAGGGAAUAAAUGAAGAAAUUGACAAGCAUGUCCGAGAAAUCUGCCAGUUUGACCUAACAUGCCCCAUCAGAGGAGUGGGACCUGGAUUCGUCCGUAAGCUGCUGCUGGAGGAGAACUUGAAGAUUCGGGACAGAAAAGAUGGCAAACUGGAGGUGGUGGCUCUACUUUUCUCAGAUGUGCUUCUAAUGACUAAAGGCCAGAAGAAAGGAGAGCGGCUAAAAGUGGUUCGACCUCCUCUGGCCCUGGACAAAACUUCCUGCAUAGCACUGAAAGAUGGCUGUUCAUUUGUUCUCGUGGAGGUAGGUGAACUCCAGAGUGCCAUGAAUGUCUACAUAUUUGCAGCCAGCACCUCAGAGAGAUGCUCCACAUGGGUCUCCACCAUCCACCAGGCGAAGGAAACACUGACGAAGCUGAGAAAGACAGAGAGCAGCAGAAAACAGGAAAACUGGAAAAUCCAGCUGGAGGCCAAAUCUAUUGAAGAAGCCAAGAUGGAAGAUAUGGAGAUGGAAGAACAACCUCUUACACAAUCAGGAGAGGAAAAUUUUGUAAAUCAGCUUACUGAAGAACCUAUUAUCACUCAGUCAAUGAAUGGGAUGUUGGCAUCUAAAGAAGCAGAGGGACAUUAUCAACCAGCAGAUAAUGUGGCCAUUGACAACACAGGGUUCCUUUUUUCGCAGUCCCAGCCCAGCAACAGUAAUCGUAAAUCGGUGCAUAAGAGCUUUGCUGGUUGGCAACAAGCAGUCAAAGGAUAUGAAUGGAUAGAAAUGGGAGUGAGAAGAGAUGAAGAUGGGAACCACACAGAGGAAGUUGAGAAAAUAGUUGAGUCUCAGAUGACAAAGGAGCGAAAGGUGACCUUUAACCACAAGGCCCAAUCUGCCCCUAAUCUGGAUCUUUUCAUUCAUAGUACUGCUGCAGAUCCAUUAAGAUACAAUACAACUGGACCACACAGUCUUUUACUAGGUGAAUUACCAGAUGUUGACUACCCAACCAACAAAGAUAGCACUUUACAACUUCCCUACCAACCGGCAAUGUCCAGGGAGGGGCCUGAGUUUCAAAGACUACCAGGAGAAAAAGGAAUAUCAAUAAGGAGAGAUUCCCAGUCUAUGAACCACAACAUCAGGAGAAAUUCCAGCUACAGCCAGUCUGGAGACACGGCGACAUCUCCAGAGAUUUGGGGGUUCUCAAAAGAUUUGACGUCACCAGGGUUACGGAGGAGGAGGCCAGUCAGCAUCCAUCAGGGUUCCUCUACUCAGACGUCCAAGCAGUUCUUCCAGGGCUCAGGAGAGACUUUGGCUGGUUCAAUCAACUCUGACUCAGACUACAGCCUAAACAUUAAGAGAAACUCUCUUCCUUCUGGCCAAAGCUCAGAUUCACACCGGGUGCUCAAGCUGGGCUCCCUGAAACCGAACCAAGGCAUGUUUUGGUCCAUGAAUGAUAGAGUCUCUCCAGAUCCCCAAACAUUGUCUGAACCUGAGUUGCCUGAUCUGAACUUCCAUAGAAAAAGGCCCUCAGUGAAAACCCAAAGGAGUGCUUCCAUUCCUAACAUCAUAAUUGAAGGAGAGCAUGGACUUCAUCUGCAACGCAGUAGCCUGUACACUUUACCCCAAGAACAAUAUACACCUUUUCCCAUCUCAGGGUGUUAUCCUAACAGACACCCCUCACCUCUGGAGGGCCUUCUGGAAAGAGCCAAAGUGAGAGUGAGGGAGCAUGGAUUAAAAAGAGAGCAAAACCUGAAAAGGCAUAAUUUGAGGUCAAGAUAUCCUUCUCCUUCCCCCUCGUUUUCCACCACACCUUCACCAUUGCCCAGUGAUGGAGACAGAGACACAGACUGGGAGGAGGAGGUGAAACUGAUGAGACACAGAGCCCUAACAGUGAGUAAAGGAUGGAAAGAGCAGCUGGUUGAUGGAGAUGAAGAUGAUAACAGGAGCAGUGUUGUCUUCACAGAAGGUGUAAAUGUGGACUGGCCAGGCUGGUGCUUUGAUGAUGAUGAAGUCCUGAACCAUUUACACCCUGGAAAUGAAAGGCUUCUGAACAGCAUCAGCCGAUCCUUGGCCUUAUCGGAUGUUCAUGAAUUUUCAGAGCAAGAAGACGGGGAGUGUAGUCAGGUGUAGAUCUGAAGCUGCACUACGCAAUGAAGUGAUGCAAAACUAGACUGCCAAUCAGCCAUCUGAGAUCACAGACAGUUGUAUUAAAUUCAACAAAAUUCAGUCUAUGAAUGUGAAUUUCAGAGGGACAAAGGACAGUACGCACAUCCUCAGUCGGAAUUUAUGUUCACUGUAAGAUUCUGUAAUUAAAUAAAAUAAUGUAAAUAUGUUUUUAGAAUAUCACAUAUAUACACGGUCAAUGUUUUGUGUAAUA